UCGCCGUUGCCAGGCCAACGCCGCGGGGAUGCCGCCGGCCCCUGCGCCGGGGCGGCCUCCGCAGCGCGGCGGGCACCGCGUCCCAGCCCACUCCAUGGGACUCCCGGGACCCCGGGUAUCUACCCACGGCCACCGACCGCCCUGGAGCCCCAGCGGAGAGCAGCCCCCCAGCAACCCGCCGGGAGCAUGGCCCAGCCGGACAGCGAGCAGGGGCUGCAGGCAGUGCCCCCCGAGCUGGACUGCACCAUCUGCUACAGCCGCUAUGAUGCCCGCGCCCGCAGACCCAAACUGCUCCUCUGCGGCCAUCGCCUCUGUACCAGGUGCCUGCACAAGAUGGUGGCACUGGGGGACACGUCGCCCCACCAGCUGCGCUGCCCCUUCUGCCGCCAGCACAGCCCGGUGCCCGGCGGGGACGUGCAGCGGCUGCAGGACGAUGGUGAGGCGCUGGCAUUGCUGACGGGCGCUGAGAGGCCCAAGAAGCAAGGUCCCUCCCGAUCCCCUGAGGUCCUGCUCUGUCCCAGUGUGCUGGAGCCUGCACCUGGCCCUGAUUGCUUGGUCGUCACCAUCCUGGAGGUGCCCGAGGACGUGGCCCUGCCAGAGAGUUUGAACGGGAUGGAGGUGGUGCGGCUGUACCGCCCUGACAGCCUGGUCAUGCUGCCCUGCCAUGGCCCCGGGCAGAAGUGCCGCUCCUGGGGCUGGCAAGCAGUCCCCCACUUCAUCCUGGGCGUCCUCUGCCUGCUCUAUUUCAGCUCCCUGCCCUUUGGCAUCUACCUCCUGCUCAUCGAGCACCACAGCCUGGGCAUUGUCCUGGUCAGCCUCGUGCCCGCUACUCUCCUCCUCUGCAUCGUCUACAGCCUCUGCCAGUGCCUGUGCCGGGAGGUCUUUGGGUUCCCCCACUCCUGACCCUGCACAGCCCAGCCCUGUGCCCGCACAGCUGUGGCUUCGGGCACCUCCGAGCAUUGUCCCUCGGGUGGAGGUGUUCGCCGUGGCUGAGCCACAACAUGGAGACCUGCCUGGGCUACGGGGAGAUGCUUGGUGCCUGUUGGCUUCCCAGGCAGAAGAGCUCCAGCUUUGCCAAGUGAGAGCCCACGCCAGAGUGGUUGCAGGAGCUCCUUGCAGCCUUCAAGGGAUCAGGUCAGCCCUUCAGCUCCUCCUCAUCUUCCUCCAGAAACAGAGAUGCGCUGGGCUGAGAGCAAAGCAGCAACCAAGGGACAGAUUCCACCCAAGGACGUGUGGAUGCUUGGUGCUGCGGCCGGGGGCGCCCUGGCCGCUGGACACUGCCCAGCGCCGGCGGGAGAGGGACGGGCAGAGCCCGGGGGCUCCUGUGGCCGGCCCGGCCACGGCCUCGUGUCCGUAUGUAGAUAGCUGUGUCCGCGGCACCGCGUUCUGGCAACGCCGCUCCCAUUCCACCCGCGGCUGUUUCCCACCCGUGUGAGUCUCGUGCUGGCCUCUGAUGUGUCCGUGGAAGGCGGGGGGGGUGGGGGGUGGGUGUCGGCUGGAGUGUACAGAUGUUGUUGCAGCUGUUUGGCAGUCUUCACGCAGAGCCCCCAGGCUUUAUCUAAACUCCUUGGGUUGUGCUGUGCAAGGA